UAGCAGCAGCAGCGGGAAUCCCACAUCAUUACCAUGGCCAUAGUCUAUCCAAAGACGACCACUGUUGGCUUUCUACCACGUGAUAGCGAUUUUAUCGACCUUGGAGGGUGAUGAGGCAACACCUGACCCGGAUGAGGACUCUCAACCGCCCAUUGGUGAGUUGAGGACUCUCGCAAAAAAGCCACCCUGUCAAGCACCACGCUUCUCACACCCAUGCAAUGUGUAGCACCGUAUGCAUGCAAUCUUAUUAUUUAAUGAUAAUAAUUACACGGGGAUUAACCAGGAGUAGACAGCUCGUAAGUAGCAAAGGAGCAAACGCAUCUACAUCGAAACUCCACAGGUAUUAACAAGGCGUACACAGCGAUAAUCAUGCGAUUACACGUAACUACAUAGACACUAUACAGCUACAGUAUUUAAAAGUACACAGUGACUAGCAAGGAGAAACAUUCGUCUUUAUAGACACUACACAGGGAUUAUCAACGCGUAGACAGUGACUAGCAAGGCAGUGCCCGUGUAUAAAUAGGCACUACACAGGGAUUAGCAACGCGUAGACAGUGAAUAGCAAGGGAGUACCCGUGUAUAAAUAGGCACUACACAGGGAUUAACAAGGUGGAUCGGUGCGGAGGUUCGCAUCGCAGGCCGUCCUGGAGGUUCGUUUGCAUGCACCAAACAAACGCGCCAUCUGCUGCUGCACGUCGUGUCUGAGCCUCUGCAGUGACUGUGUGACGGCUCUACAGGGGCAGCCCCCUCCCUCUCUCCCUCCCACGCCGUGAGGCGCGGGCCGCUGCUGCCCGGCGCUGUUGCGCAAUCGGAGACGGCGACCGCGCGGCGCGCCGAGCGGCUUCCUGGAGAGGCGCGCACCGCCACAGACGCGGGGCGCGGUGCCGACUACGGCAGCCUCGCGGCUCAUCUCCUUCCCACGGCUGGGCCCUACAAGGCAGUAGCAGCAGCAGCCACAUCGCACUGCGCACGCCUCGUGGGCUGCUUCAGGGGCGGCAGUCCCCAACCCCGCCGGGCUGUCAGCUGAGCUAAGAACUCGCGCGAGGCGUCGCUUGUUGCGGACAGUCGCGACGCUGGCACUGCCGCCUCGGCAAGGUAUCACUUUGGCUCCAAGGGGCUUCUCCAGCGACGACUUCUUGCGCGUGCCACCGCUCGUCUCGCAGGCGGCGCGUGGCCAUGUGGACCCCCCCACCACCUCGCUCCGUAGUGGAGAUGGAGCUCGCCGGCGCGGGUGUCGACGCAGGGAUGAUGUCAGACGCGGCGCGGCACGAGCCACGGGCCGGCUGCGUGUUCCUGCUGCUGCCCUUCGGUGGCGUCUACACGGUUGAGGUGAACGAGUGCGACCGGGUGAGCGAUGUGGUGAGCCGAGCCAACGAGCGCCACGGGCCCCUGGUGCCGAGCGCGGCGACCUUGCACCACCAAGGCAGGCGGCUGCCUCUCUCCACGAGGCUGUCUACGCACGGGGACCUCCACGAAGCCAACCUGCACGUGCAGUACCCGCUAAGGGGCGGCAGCUCUCCAGAUUUAGGAUGUAAGGGUGAUGACAAGAAUGUGAAGCUGCCUUCCAGUAUGCAAGACUGGAAUGAAGACCACGUUCGCCACUGGUUGGUUCACGAAGUUAAAUUGAAAGAGCAACAUGCCAACAAAUUACACGAGGAAGAGUUAACAGGGCCUUCUUUAGUAAAGCUGCAGCGUGAACAACUCAAGGAGUUUGGUCUCAAGUCGCUACAAAUAUCCUUACUCAUAGACUCGCGUGACGAAUACCUGAAGUCCCAGCCCAAGUCGUCCAGCACCCAUAGCCACAUAGCGACAACACCUGCACGCGGUGAUGAAGCCUCGGAGAAGACUCAGAGCCACCGUGAAACAAAGGGGGUACAACUCUCUCCUGGCAGCACACAAGCCGAAUUCUCAAACUCUGAAGAAAAACCUCCGAAGAAAAACAAGAAAAGAAAUAAAAAGGUCACAGGACAACAGCAAGGGAAGUGUGCGGAUCAGAAGCAGGCAGAGCCAGGUGAUGUGGUUGAUGUUGAUGCCACGAACAUAUCACAGCAGGUACAUGAAGAAGCUUCACAACCACCUGCAGAAGUGGGGACACAGGAGCAUUCCGCUGUUGAUGAUUCAAGCCAACAAAACACCAGCAAGAGUCAGGUGAAUAUUUGCUCACCGUGCCCAUUUGAUCACCAUUACACAUCACACAGAUAUAUCAGAGGAAGUGUGCUGCCUAGUGAAACGGGAAUUACAAACUAUAUAGAUCCGGUUCACGAGUUUAAGCUUUUUGCCUGUGAGGGCGACGUUGAUGAAGAAUCCAAGAUGAAAAAAUUCUGUAAUGAGGUGUUCAGGUUCUCUGCUGGGUGCAUGAACAGGAGGACAAACGGCACCAUACACUUUGGUGUGGGAGACACGAAGAGCGGGUACAGGCAUGGUGAAGUUACUGGUGUCCAUGUAGAAGACCAGAGCAAGUUUGUUGAUACGAUCGACAACAACAUCUCAAAGUACUUCCAGAAAGACAGGAUCGAAGAUGCUAAAGAAUGCAUACGACCUCCAAGAUUUGUGGAGGUCAUUUCACCUGAACAUACAAGUCUUGGUGUGUAUGUAAUAGAAGUGGAUGUUAUCCCUAAGAGCACAAUAUGCAAAGACAAUGUUUAUGAAAUAAAGCAAAUGAAGCACGUCAAUGGAAAAUGGCAAACGGAUAAAGAGAACCACGUGUAUAAGCGAGACGGUGCAUCUUCUAAGGAUAUUCUGGCAACACAAAAUUCGGAACAGUGGAAAGAAGAGUACAGACGCGUUUGUGAAGAUGUGAAAAAGUGGAAUGAGCAGAGAAAAUUGGCCGAAACGAGCUACAAAAUCGAUCGUAGAAUGGAUGAUGAAGGAAAGAAGCUAACUACAUUAAUUACCGGGGGGAAAGGGACACUUGAUGAUUCCUAUUACAAAAAGUACAUAUUGGUGGUAAACAAGGCGGAUAAAAGCCAAUUGCCCCACCUUGACUUUGUAAAAGAAAUUAAUUGGUUUGCUGUUCUUGACUUUGAUCCUGAAUCCGCCAUUUCUGGGCUGUGUAGCCUUGUCCGUGCUGAAAGGUCACCCAACCUGCAUUUUCCCCGACAGUUUGUAGAACGUGAAAAUUAUGACAUUGAGAUCAUUGCCAAGAAUCUAAACCUACACAAGCAAACCAGCUGGAUCUUCUGCAAUGGAAGAGCAAACAUUGAUGAGGAAAAGCCAAUGGAAUCCAAAGAGUUUCAGAAAAAACGCAGUGAUAACCAUAGCAAACUUGUAAGCUUGUUGUGCAACAACGACCUCAUGCCCAGUGGAAGGUUUCUUGUUGUUUUUCUUCUACUUAUGAACAUUGAUGACCCCAUUGAUCCAAUGAUGGAAACAUUUUUCUAUUUUUAUCAAAAACUAAACGGGCUUUCUGAUAUGAUGCUCAUAACAGAACGUCUAGAAUCAUAUGAAAGUUGGGCAACACUUGCACACACGAGGGUGGACGAAGAUGAAUUGGCGUACAGGUCAAUACGCAGUAUGAGCUUGGAUCAUCUCAAUUCCACAAUUUGCAAGAUUAAAUCUGCGACUAAGAGUCGGAAACGGUUCCUGCGUACAUCAGUUGGAGGGUCAUGCUCUUUAACAGCAGUGCAGGAGGAACGAAUGUCUUCACUGACGAUUGUGUGUGAGAAUGAGUGUGAAGAUACAGGAAUAGAGGCAGACGACACAGCGUUUGAUGAAUUGAGGCGAAGUAUCGAGGAAAACUACUACAAAGGAGGAAAAGUCUGCCCAUGGAACUUCUAUUUCUCCGAGAAACGGGGAAAACCUUUCAUCAAACGUGAACCAUUUAACAAUCUAAAGGAUAAUAUUGAAGAUGCACUGAAGUCAAACCGAUGCCUUGAAUCUGUGAACUUGUUUCACCAUCCUGGCUGUGGAGGAACAACACUUGCAUGGCAUGUCCUAUGGGAGCUCAGAAAAAAAUUCAGGUGUGCUGUGAUCAAAAGUAACAGUGAUGACCAGAAGGAAAUUUCGGUUCAAGUUAAAGAACUACUGAAGUAUGCAGAAAACGAUGCUAAGGUCUACACCCCAGUGCUACUGCUGGCUGACGACAUUGACGACACAGAGAUCCUUAAACAACUUCAACACAGCAUAAUUUCUGAGCUGUCAGACGUCAUAUUUGACAGACCUCUUGUUGUCAUGGUAAACUGCAUGCGGUCUCAAGCCCUUGAGGAAAGCCAGAAAAACCAUUUAAUGACCAGUGUCAUUUUGGAACAAAAGCUCUCUUCCACUGAGCAACACCUGUUUGAAGAAAAGCUUAAAGAAAUAGAAAAUGAGUAUGAGAAAUGCAACAACUUCCUUUCUUUCAUGAUAAUUAAAGAAAAUUUUGAUUCAAAUUAUAUAAAAAACACCGUGAAAAACAUGCUCAAAGGUUUAGACUACAGUAGCAAUAGGCCCAAUGCUAAAUUGAUCAGUUACGUUGCAUUGUUGAACAACUAUGUAAAAAACACAUCCAUUCCAGUGUCUAGAUGUGAAGCAAUCCUCGGAAUUUCCCAAGUAAAAUCCACCUUUUGGAGGAAAGAAACUCUUGAAGAUGGCUUGAGUCAGCACGCCAAAUUACUGCUCAUUAAAUGCCCCAUGGACGAAGUGAAUGGCACUUAUGAAUCAGUCCGAAUGAUACAUCCACUCGUGGCGAAACAAGUGCUGGAAGAAUUUGAAACAACGAAUCGCUCUUCAAGAUUUAGCAUUGCUAAAGAACUGCUUGCUGAAGAUAUCCUUUUUAAUAAUGGCAUGGGAAGAGAGCACUUGGUUAAAAAUGUCAGGAAUAUGUUUGUCAUCCGCCAUCGCAAAGAGCAGGGCGAUGAAACAGACAGUCUCUUUGCACCUCUUAUUGAAGACAUCAUUAAACAUAAAUACAGUACAUUAAGCCACCCAAGUAAGUUGGAAUCGGGCAUGCAAAAUGCUAAAGAAUUGUUGCUUUGUGCUACAGAUAGAUUUUCAAAAGAUGCGAUAUUGGCCCAGGCUCUUGCAAGGUAUUGCUACCUUAAAGACAACAACUUUGAUGAAGCCAAAAAAUGGGCAGAGCAUGCAAAGAAAUUGGUCAAAAACAAUUCUUACAUUACAGACACAAUUGGUCAGAUUUAUAAGCAUGAACUGAAGCAGAAAUUUGAUGUCAGUGCCAUCGAGAAAAAAGGGUUCCUUCCUCCAUCAGAUCUUAAUAAAGCACUGCAGCUUGCAAAAAGUGCUUCUGAUUUUUUUAGAGAAGCACAGGAGUUGGUUAAAACAGAGGAUGAUGCCUUUAACACAGCUGGAUUCUUUGGCGACAUUGAGGUUGCCACACAUAUGUUGCAACUGUUUGAGCUGACCAAAGUAUUUCACAAAACUGGUGAAAUCCACAAGAGAACCCUGGUGGCCUAUUUAAAUGGAAAGAUGGACUUGUCACGGCUACCUACAGAUGACGAAGAAGAAAAAGCAACAGUGGAGGUUUUACAAAACAAUGAGUUAUAUCUUAGGGAAUUAAAAAACAGAAUGAAGUAUUCCUUAGAAGUUUUGGAAGCCUAUUUUUGGCUGUUUAAGCCAAGGUAUGCCGAAUCACAAAUACAAGACAAGCAUCGUUAUACCGUCGAAAAGUUUUACAAUCAAUAUUCAAAGAUAUUUUGUUCAGAGAAGUCAGAAAAACUGGAUGCGAAACAAUUCCCAAAAAUAAGUGCUACGAAUGAAAUUGAGUCAAAACACGGUGAUAGAUUUCCAGGACUUAUACGCUAUCUUGCUGAACGAAAUGCUGAAAAAUCUCUGGAGGUUAUUAUCAGCAGCUAUAAAAGUUUACUUCAUAAUUCUAAAAAUAUCAAUAACAUUAAGGAAAAGGAAAAUUUUAUUUUUGCUAACGUUAUCCUAAAUUGUGUAAAUAACAAAUCCAAAACGGUGUCCCCCUACAGUGAACUGGUGACGAUGCUCAACAAUAUCCUCCGUGAAAUAGGAACACAACACAGAUUUCCAGAACCAUACUUUCUGGCUUUACUUUUACUGUGGCUCAAUGAAGAAAGCAAAAGAACUGACGUGAAUCAGCUGGCAGAAUACAUUGAGGCAAUGAAACGAUCCUUCCGAGCAAAAUAUGUAUACAUGAGCCGCAGACAACAGUUAACAACCAAUUUCUUUUUGGGGAAGGGAAAUGGAUUGGACAGAAUAGUGUCUCGAACAAAAAUUGACAAAACUGCAGACAUGCAGAGAACUGGGAAAUCCUUGCGUCUAUUAUGGCUCAGUGGAGAUAUUUUCAAGGAAAAAAAAGUUCAACAAAUCCUUCUUAGAGUCCGGGGAUCAACCACUGAUGAAGGAGACAUUUACCUUGACCAUAGGUUCAGUGCUGGUAAUGGUAAAAAUAAGGCCAUCAAGAUUCCUGUGCACCCAGUAAACCUGGGACCACUGAGGACAGGCAAGAGCAUCGAGUCUGUCACCUUUUUUGUAGGGUUCACUAUGGAAGGCCCGAUUGCCUAUGACAUUCAGCCUGUGUAGGAUAAAUAAAACUAAGGCGUGGGUCAAAAGGUGCUGUAGCCAUGUAAAUAAAACGUAAGGGACUGCAUUGGCAUUUAUCUACUGCACAUAUCAAAACAGGACUAUCUGUUUUGUAACCACUCUUCUACCACGAAUUCCACUCUUCCACCACUAAUUACUCAACAACUACUCCGCCAAUAUUGAGGGCUCAGUGUAUCAGACUGUGUCAUCUCGUCCAAGAGCUUUUAGACCAUGAUACUGCAGGUCAAAACGUCUCUGUCUGCUUCUUCCCUUUCACCGCUCGACCUUGGACUUCCGCCAAUCGUCUCUUUUACAACCCAGCUCGAUUCAAGCAAUGCGACAAUUCUCGACAGUGCUGUUUGUUUUGAUCGCUUUGUUGUAUAUGUGCCUUUUGCAAUAUUUUUUUUAAAUAUGAUAUUGUCUACAUCAUGAGGCCUCCUU